AUGCGUACCAACCAAGCCUUCUCCACCCCCAUCGCCGUCGUCGGCUCUGCCUGUAGGUUUCCUGGGGAGGCAUCCACACCAUCGAAACUAUACGAUUUACUGCGCCAGCCCCGGGAUGUGCGUCGAGAGUUCGAUCCGGAGAUCCUCAACUUACAACGGUUCUAUGACUCAAACCCUGAUGCUCCGGGAUCAACCAAUGUACAGAGCAAGGGCUACCUGCUGGCCGAGGACAGUCGACUCUUCGACGCUUCGUUCUUUAACGUCAGCCCUUACGAAGCCGAGUGUAUGGACCCUCAGCUCCGUGUGAUGUUGGAAGUUGUAUACGAAGCAUUUGAGAAUGCUGGCUACACACUCGACCAAAUGCGAGGGUCCAAGACUUCGGUCCAUGUCGGAGUCAUGGCAAGCGACUAUGCUGAUAUUACAGCUCGAGAUACCGAGACGAUACCCCUAUACGCCGGGACUGGUGUUGCUCGCAGUAUCCUAUCCAACCGAAUCUCAUACACUUUUGAUCUCCACGGACCGUCAGUCACACUUGACACUGCCUGUUCUAGUUCCUUGGUUGCAUUACACCAGGCAGUGCAAGGCCUUCAAGCUGGCGAUGCUUCAUGCGCUGUUGUGUGUGGAGUUAACCUAAUAUUUGAUCCUAUGCUUUAUGUCAUGCUGUCUAAGCUACACAUGCUAUCCCCAGAGUCUCAGUCUCGGAUGUGGGACGAAACAGUCAAUGGGUACGCUCGGGGCGAAGGUGCCGGGGUAGUGGUGUUGAAGCCACUGGACCAGGCAAUUCGUGAUAAUGACCAUAUUGAGGGAGUCAUCCGAGGAUCAGGAGUGAACUCAGACGGAUUGAGUCCCGGGCUGACCAUGCCUACCGUGGCUGCUCAAGCUUCCCUCAUUCGAGACACAUAUCGUCGCGCCGGACUGGACCCCGUCCGGGACCGGUGUCAGUACUUUGAAUGCCACGGCACCGGAACACCUGCGGGAGACCCUGUCGAGUCGCGUGCUAUUUAUGAAGCCAUGAUUAGGGAUGGUGAUUCUCUGGGUGUGGAGCAGACAACCCCGUUAUAUGUUGGCUCAAUAAAAACGCUGAUCGGGCAUCUCGAAGGAGGUGCCGGUCUAGCUGGAGUCUUGAAAGCUCUGCUCUCUAUCAAGCACCGAACAAUUUUUCCCAAUCUUCUUUUCAACAAAUUAAAUCCUAAGAUCGCGUCAUACUAUGACGGAUUUCAGAUACCGACCUCUCCUCUUCCUUGGCCCGAGUUGCCUGCCGGAUUGCCUUUGCGAGUUAGCGUGAACAGCUUCGGGUUUGGAGGCACCAAUGCACAUGCCAUCAUAGAGAGCUUUGAACCGAAGGAUAUCAAUGGGCACUUAACAAUUCUGGAAGCAGGCGAAGCUCGUUUGAUUCCCUUCGUUCUCUCGGCGCACUCUGCUUCGUCACUUCUUGGAAACUCCGAGGCGCUGCUAACUUAUCUCGUGAACCAUCCGUCUGUCGACCUGGAUGAUCUGAGCUGGGCUCUCCAGAAAAGACGAUCUGCGCAUCGUCUAAGAACCUUCUUUACUGCGCAAAACCGCGACAGGUUGAUCGAGGAUUUGAGGAAGUUUAUUGCACAGCACCGCAAAUCCACCAACAAGGAAGAUGUCGGUAUCCGACAACGUCUUGUGAAUCCAGACAAGGCACCACGUAUUUUGGGAGUAUUCACUGGACAGGGUGCUCAGUGGCCUACCAUGGGCCGUGAAUUGCUAGUAAAAUCUCCACUUUUCCGCCGUGCCCUGCAACAGUACAACGAUGUUCUUAAAGCACUACCAGACGGCCCAGAAUGGUCCUUGAUUGAAGAAUUAUCCAAGGAUGCUUCCAGCUCGCGUGUCGGUGAAGCAGCUAUUUCCCAGCCACUCUGCACCGCGAUUCAGCUGGCUUUGAUUGAAAUGUUGAAUUCGAGUGGCGUUCGCUUCGACACGGUCGUAGGCCAUUCUUCAGGAGAGAUCGCCGCAGUUUCUGCUUGUGGUAUGAUCAGCGCUGCCGCUGCUAUGCAGAUUGCCUACUACCGAGGAAAGUAUGCCUAUUUAGCUCAAGGUUCUAACGGUCAGGCUGGGGGCAUGAUGGCGGUAGGCAUCGAUUAUGACAGUGCCCAGUCGUUCUGCCAGCAGCCCGAAUACCAGAGUCGCAUAAGUGUUGCGGCUAGUAACUCCCCUAAGAGUGUCACGCUUUCAGGUGAUCUCGAGGCAAUCAAACAAGCCAAAAUACAUUUCGAUCAAGAAAACACCUUCGCACGUUUGCUCAAAGUGGACACCGCAUAUCACUCAUACCACAUGGAGCCCUGUGUUGCCAACUACCUCAAGUCCCUCAGGGCUUGUGACAUUCAGGUUCAACAACCCCAAAAUGGCUGUUUGUGGGUUUCUAGUGUCCAUGGAAACACGGAGCUUCUCGAAGGUGACUUGGAGUCACUGAAGGGUCACUACUGGGUUCAAAACAUGGUGCAACCAGUCCUCUUUUCUCCAGCGGUCAAAUAUGCUAUCGACUACAGUGGUUCGUUUGACUUGGCUACCGAGGUUGGACCACACCCUGCUCUCAAAGGACCAGCGUUGCAGACUAUUGAGCUGGCUCUAGGUGCUGCUCCACCUUAUAUUGGAACUCUCAAGCGUGGCGGCGGUGACAUAGAGGCAAUUGGGGAGACGAUCGGCUCUCUCUGGUGCCACCUUGGCCCUGCUCAUGUUAACUUUGAUGGGUUCCGGCAAGCCUUAGGGUUAGAAGACUUGAAAACCUCAGAAUUACUAAAGAAUCUCCCGCCGUACGCCUGGAACCAUGACCGUAUCUACUGGCACGAAUCUCGAAUUUCCAGAAAUUACAGGAAAAGGAAGGAUGCCCGGCACCCUCUACUCGGUCGUCGUGCUCCAGAUGAUACGGAACGCGAAAUCCGCUGGAGGAACGUCCUUAGAGUUAGCGAGCUUCCUUGGGCACAGGGUCAUGUUGUUUCAGGAGAGGUGCUGCUCCCGGGAACAUCCUAUAUAGCUCUGUCCUGCGAGGCCGCUAGGAUCAUUGCGGGAGAUAAGCCGAUUCGGCGGAUCGAUGUGGAAGACAUCGAUAUUCGUCGUCCGUUGAUUGUUCCCGAUACUCGUGAAGGUGUUGAGACGACCUUCACCGUGCGUUUGGAGAAUUUCAAAGACCCAAACUGCACUGCUGGGGAUUUUUCAUACUACUAUUCUGACCCAAGCUCAGGAUCCAUGGUCAAUGCAUGUACCGGCAAGAUCAUCAUCCAUCGAGGUGAGGGUAAUGAACACGAGCUGCCCCCAUACGGAAUCCUUUCCCGACCAGACCUACAUCCAAUCGAUAGUGAUGCAGCCUACGACAUAUUCGCCCAGAACGGACUUUUUUACACGGGCGUGUUUCAUCGCCUUCAGGACGUCCAGCGCAGGCUUGACUACUCCGUUGCAAUGGCUGAAUGGUCGGCAGACGAGCUCACAGGGUUUACGGAUGCUCUCCAUCCGGCAGUGAUGGAUGUCAGCUGGCAAAAUCUAUUCCAUGCCCGCGCCGACUACCGAGCGGGAAAGCUUCCAACUCCCAUCCUGCCGGUGCACGUCAAACGAGUGACGGUGAACCCGCAUGUAAAGUUGGCUCAGGCCGAACAAGGCUUGCUCAAAAUAAGAACUGAAUCGUUCAUCACAUCCCGCAACGGCCUUUCUGUAGUUGGCGAUGUGCAUAUCUACGACCCAACUUCAGGCACCACGGCCAUACAAAUGGAGUCAGUAUCCCUCAAGCCUGUGGCACCACCCACUGAGGAACAGGAUAGACGAAUCUUUUUCGACAUAGAAUACAAGACAGAUCCUUCACUAUGUCUGGCAGAACCAAUUCAUGACCUGAAACAUGGUCAAAAGCAAAAGGAGCUGUCGGCGGAUGUUGAAAGGGCAGUCGUGUUUUACAUUCAGCGAGUGCUAGAAGGUUUAUCUCCCAGUGAGAGGUCUGAUUUGACGUGGUAUCAUAAGCUGCUGGUAGAUUCCUUUGAGGCCUCCUUACGGCUGAUCCGAGACGGGCGUCACCCCAUUGCGGAGAAAAGUUGGCUCGCCGAUAAGCCAGAAGUUCUUGACAUGAUCCUAUCCAAGUGGGCAGGGACUGUUGAUCUCGAGUGCGUUCGUCUUGUGGGAGAAAAUAUGCUCGACUUUCUGAAAAGGAAAGAAUCCUUGUUGGAAAUAGUUAUGACGGAUGACCUAGCAACCCGCCUGUAUAGCGAGGGAGGUGGUCUCGCUGAGGUCAACCGAGCCAUGGCUGGCGUUCUUCAACAAAUCUCCCAUAAAUUCCCCCAGGCCAGGUAUGUAGAGAUUGGAGGUGGAACUGGAUCGACGACUGACACUAUCUUGCAAACUAUCGGAGACGCUUUUCACACGUACACUUUUACGGAUAUCUCUCCGGCCUUCUUUGGCGAUGCUGCGGAGAGAUUCAGCAACUUCCGUAACAAGAUGAUCUUCAAGACACUUGAUGUGGAGAAGGACGUCGGCCCUCAAGGGUUUGAGAAGCAUUCUUAUGAUGUUGUCGUUGCUUCCAAUGUCCUUCACGCAACAGCUCAUAUCAAAGAAACCUUGAAGAAUGCACGUUCACUACUGAAACCAGGCGGUUUCUUGAUCCUCAAUGAGAUCACAGGAACGGAGAUCAUGCGAACCACGUUCUGCGUGGGAGGCCUGCCCGGAUGGUGGUUGGGAGUUGUCGAGGGGCGAAGAUUACAUCCUGGAUUAACCACUGAGGAGUGGCACAGCACACUUCAGGAUACAGGAUUUUCGGGAGUUGACCUGGUCUUUCACGACCUGCCCGACGCCAAACAACACUGCAUGUCUUUUAUGGCUAGCCAAGCAGUCAAUGAUACCGUGCAGCAAUUGCGCGAACCUUUGGUAUAUCUCGACGAGGUUCCUGAAGUCAAGUCUCUUCUGCUGGUUGGCGGGAAAACGCUAGCUGUGUCCAAGGUCGUAUCUGUAAUCCAGCGCCUGGUGGGUCCAGUAUUGAGUAGCCGUGUCUCUGUCGCAAGCGAUAUCGAAGCAAUUGACUUCUCCCGCGUUGGAAGUCAAGCGGACGUCUUGUGUCUUCAGGAGCUAGACUCUGGGUUGUUUUCAGAACCACUUACGCCCAAGAGACUGAAGGCUCUGCAGACGAUGAUCGUUGCCGCACGUAGCGUCCUCUGGUUGACGACUAAUAGAAGAACCGAUAACCCCGAAGCUAACAUGAUGAUUGGUAUGACGAGAGCCAUAACAAAGGAGCUUCCUAACGCCAAUAUACAGUUUCUAGAUCUGGAUUCGGUCGUUACUCCAGCAUCAGUGGCUCGAACUGUAGUUGAGACGUUCAUGCGAAUGAAGAUUAUCUCAGCUCACAAGAACGACGGUAGUCCGCUCCUCUGGCCCCAGGAACCAGAACUGGUGGUGGAGGGAUCUGACACACUCAUUCCACGUCUACAUCCGGACCAGCAGCUUAAUGAUCGGUAUAAUGCUAGAUAUAGAACUAUAAGCAAGUCAGAAACCGGUUCAGAUUCUUUAAUCGGCCUUACUCGCCAGCAAGAUAAGCUGGUUUUGGUCGAAUCGGCGCCGGAAUUGUACACAGACGGGGCAGAGCGUGCGCGUGUCAGGGUCCAAUACUCUCUCUCUAUUCCUGGUGAGAAAGGAGAUGGCAUGUACAUGAGCGUUGGCCGGCUGAUUCCCUCUGCUACGCCUGUCAUGACUGUUUCACAACGGAACACAUCUAUCAUCAGCGUGCUCCAAGACGAUGUUAUUUUUAUCGACGAGAAGGACUGCAACGUGACUACGCUUGAGGGUAUAGCGGACCAGAUCGCGGUUAUGGGGCUCCUCAGCUCUGCUCACAAGGGGAAAUCAGCUCUUUUACACAACCCAAGAGCACGCUUGGCUGCAUAUUUCACUCUGGAGUCGCACCGACGUGGAGUCGAACCGCUUUGCUCGUCCACCAGCACUGCGGUCCCUCAAGGCUGGAUGAGCAUCCACCCACAAAGUUCUGUCCAUGCCGUCCAGCGUUUGCUACCCCAUAAUACUACCGUUUAUCUCGACUGUUCUGCCUCUGUAGAAUCGGGACCAACAACCAUUCAAUCCGCACUGCCAUCCGGCUGCCAGUUGUACCAAUGGAACAGUGGCUUGUUCUUGUGCGGCCUCGCCUCCGCUACUAGUACACAGCUGGCUCUCAAAGCCGUAUAUUCAGGAUUACCAGAUUAUCUUGCUAUCUCAGUUUCAAGUGACGCGCCGCACUAUGAGAUUGAUGUCCUAGAUGUCAGAGAACUUGCCGGCACCAAAGCAUCCAUCCUGGACCGUACCAACAUUAUCUCCUGGGAAACAACGCGUCCGCUGAGCUUGCUUGUUCAACCUCCGGACAAGACGGUCCUGUUUGACAGCGCGAAGACAUAUCUUAUGGUUGGCAUGUCGGGUGGCCUUGGUCUUUCCGUCUGCGGAUGGGCUCUACAGCACGGGGCCAAGCAUAUGGUAAUUACUAGUCGAAGGCCAAACAUACAUCCACAAUGGCUGGCUCAAGCACGAAAGCUGGGAGCGGAGAUCCAUGUGCGGUCCGUAGAUGCCGCCGACCGAGUAUCGUUGGAGUCCACCAUCUCCAGCAUUCGAGAAACCUUACCCCCCAUUGGAGGUGUCUGCAAUGCGGCCAUGGUAUUGUCCGAUAAGCUGUUUGUGGAUAUGGAUGUGGCCUCUAUCAACGACACGUUCAAGCCCAAGGUUGAGGUCUCCAAGCACCUUAACGAGAUAUUCGCGGAUACUCCUCUAGACUUCUUUAUCAUGUUCAGUUCUUCCCUGUCCAUCAUUGGUGGUCAAGGUUCCGGGAACUAUCACGCAGCCAACCUGUUCAUGGCCGCAAUGGCGGCUCAGCGUCGACAGAGCGGACUGCCAGCAUCAGUGAUCCAUAUUGGAUACGUAACCGAUGUCGGUUACUUCAUGCGUGUCGAUAAGAGCUCUAGAGAAUAUAUUGGAAGAAUGCAGAUUGUUCCUCUCUCAGAGACCGAUGUCCACCACGCUUUCGCAGAGGCCAUUCUAGCGGGCAAGCCAAGUAGUGACCGGUCCUGUGAGGUCGGGCUUGGAAUUGAGCCGCUUGAUGCACCGUUGAUCGAGGACCAGGAACCCGUAUGGGCAUCAGAUCCUCGCUUCGCACACUACCUUCCUAACUUCCGCAUCGAUGACAAGAAGGAUGAUACUCAAUAUGGCCGUGAUGAUAUCAAGAAGCAGAUGCGAGAAGUCGAGACAGAAGCUGAAUUGCUCACGGUCGUUCGGGAGGCCCUUUGCGCCAAGCUCGAGAUAAUGCUCCAGGUGUCUACUGGCAGUAUCGAUGCCGAUGCACCACUUACAGAACUUGGCAUAGAUUCUCUUGUGGCCGUGGAGGUUCGAGCAUGGUUCUUGAAAAAGAUAGGUCCCGAUGUUCCGGUCGUCAAGAUUCUAGGAAGCUCUGUAGCCCAGAUCUGCAUCGACGCAUCUAAGGAGAUUAUGGCCACAAGGGUGGGAGGAAGCCCCAAGAACUUUGACUCUGAGCCGGUAACAUCCGCUGACUCCCAGGAUAGGUCAGAAACUAGUGCUUCAGACGUAUCGCACUCGGAAAAUCCGACUCCCCCCAGCACAGACAAUGAGCUGUCUGUUUCCAGCCUCGACGAUGUCAAUGUCCCGGACAACACGGGAGACAAAUAUUGCGUCGUCGAUGAUGGAGUUACCGCAGAACCUACUAUGGAAUUCGGCCAGGAUAUCAUCCAGACGGAACCAAUGUCAGCGGCCCAGUCGCGAAUUUACAUACUUUCUAGUCUUAUGAACGAUCCGACUGCCUACAGUUUGAUGAUUCGAUACGAUCUCGAUGAUGAGCUUGAUAUUGACCGUCUACGAAAUGCUUUGACCACCACAAUGCAGCAUCACGAGUGUCUCAGGACCUGCUUUUUUGCUCGCCGUGACGACAAUCAGCCGGUGCAGGGUAUUCUAUCGUUCCCAGUCCGUCGUUUCAAGCAUAUUCCAAACGCCAUAGAAGAAGAUAUCGCCCAGGAGUUGAAGGCUGCCAGGACUAAGAUAUGGGAUAUUGAGCACGGAGAGACGCUGAGUUUGACUGUUUUAUCCCAGGAUUCUCGCAAACACACCUUGGUCUUGGGCUACCAUCAUAUCGUUCUGGACGCGUCCGGUAUGCGAACCUUUACCCGGGAUUUGAACUCUGCCUACAAUAUGCAACCACUCAAGUUUAACGGUGGGACAUGCGUUGAAUUUGCUCGCAAAGAGCAGGAAAACCUGCAUCUAGGGCUGUUGGAAAGCCGCAUGGAAUACUGGAGACAAGAAUACGCUUCUCCUCCGCAUGUGCUUCCGUUGCUCCCAAUGGCAAAGACGACAGCCCGACCAGAGACGCAGCAAGUAGCCAGCAUCAACGCGUCGCGCCUGGUCGAUGAUGAUACAGUUAUAGCCAUCAAACGCACAUGCCAGACACUGGGCAUCACGGCCUUCCAGUUCCACCUAGCCGUUGUUCAGAUCCUACUAACACAGUCCCUCGACAUAGAUGAUGUUUGUAUCGGCGUGGCGGACUCCAAUCGGCCGGAUACCGAAUUCAUGGAGACUGUUGGGUUUUUCCUGAAUCUAUUGCCCGUUCGCUUCCGCAUUCCCGCUGGCAUCUCGUUCGCGCAGGUUGCUCAAAAUACAGCUCGACAGAUGGGCAAGGCCUGGGAGAAAUCUGUUCCAUUUGAUAUGUUACUAGACCAGUUGAAAAUAUCUCGCUCGUCCUCACAUACGCCGCUUUUCCAGGUCUUGGUGAACUACAGACUAGCGAUGACGAAGAGUAUAGCCUUUGGCAAUAGCUUUCUUACUAUCACCGAUGGCGAAGAGGGACAGAAUCCAUAUGAUAUCACUUUCAGCUUCCUCGAGUCCCAAGCUGAAGGAACGGCCGUUACGAUGGAUUGCCAAGAGUCACUCUAUGACGCUGAGGGUGCUGAGAGGAUCCUUGACAUGUAUAUGCAUCUUCUCAAAGUGUUAACCGACAAUAUCAAUAUCAAGAUCAACGAGUGUCAAAUCUACAGCCCAAAAACCGUAUCAGCAGCUCUGAAACUUGGACAAGGUAUGCAAGCAGAGCUCACCUGGCCUGCAACAGUUUCAGAAAAGUUUCAACAAGUUCAAACCGCUUAUCAAAACAGAGUUGCCGUCCGAGAUAGGACUUCUGUUUUAACAUAUCAGCAGUUAGCAGGCCGUGUGGACAGCAUUGCAGCUGCACUCAAUUCUGCAGGUCUUGGUUCUGGUUCCCGCAUCGCCGUUUUAUGCGAACCGUCAAACGACUUUGUAGCGUCGUUGCUAGCUAUCCUUCACAUUGGUGCCAUCUAUGUUCCAUUAGAUAUCAGUUUUCCUUCAUCUCGCCACGCAGAUAUCAUAUCUAGCAGCACUCCUGGAAUGAUUAUCAGCCAUGAAAGUACAAACGAAUCAGUCGAGCAACUUGUGCACGAGAUUUCAGGAAGACUACCAAUCUUGAAGCUAGAGGAGAUUUCCAAUGUCUCCCAACCAGUCCCUUGCAAAGCACAAUCCGACUCCCCGGCGUUUCUUUUGUAUACCAGUGGAACAACCGGCAAACCGAAGGGAGUAGUACUAUCACAGGGUGCCAUCGUCAACUGGCUUGAGCACUCAAUUUCAGCAUACGAACUUGACAAGGCCCCCGCAUCGGUUCUACAACAGAGCUCUCUCAGCUUUGAUAUGUCUCUAAUCCAGAUCUUCUGUGCCAUUUGUUCCGGCGGCAGUCUCGUUAUCGUACCACAGGACGCACGACGGGAUCCGCCCCAGAUUGCGGAACUGAUGCAUCAGAAAAAUAUUACUCUGACAUUUGCGGUUCCCUCCGAAUACCUCCUCUGGCUUUCCUUCGGUAGGGAGUCUCUGAGACAAGCUGUGGGAUGGCGCUGGGCCUGGGUAGGCGGAGAAAUGUUCCCCAUCCAACUCAAACGCGAGCUCCGACGCCUUGAACUUCCCAACUUCACAUUGUGGGAGUACUACGGCCCUACCGAAACAACUUUUACGGCGACUAACAAGCCCUUGCCACUGGAUGUUGAGAACAGCAUCAUCUCUGGAAGCCCGAUCGGAAAGGCUCAUCCCAACUAUUCAAUUUGUAUCCUGGAUGCAAAGGGUCGUCCUCUCCCCGUCGGAUUUCGAGGCGAGAUUUGUAUCGGGGGUGCUGGAGUGGCUUUGGGAUAUUGGAACAUGCCUGCUGAGACUGAUCGUAAAUUCAUUCCUGAUCCGACAAUAGGAUUCGAUGAAAAGUCUGGGGUGACGAGCGCGAGCCGAUGGUAUCGAACAGGUGACCAGGGGAGAUUGGCGGCUGAUGGAACUCUCAUAUUCAUUGGACGAAUUGGAGGGGACACACAGGUAAAACUACGUGGUCUUCGCAUUGAAUUGGCGGAGGUGGAAGGCGCUCUGUUGAAAUCGGGAGAAUCCCUGAUAUCCAUGGCAGUAGUAACUGUCCGUGAUGGAGAUCUCAUUGCUCACGUUAUCCCGGUAGAGUCCGGAAAGCAGAAGCUGGACUGUGAUAUUGUGAAACGAAAGCUGUUGACGGGCCUUCGUCUUCCGCAGUACAUGCACCCCUCGCGAGUAAUCCUUGUACAGGACCUUCCUAGAGCCAUCACUGGAAAGAUUGACCGUCAGGCUGUUAUGAGACUUCCACUUUCUGGUCCCGGAAAUGGCGCUGGUGAUUCCGAAUCUCAACUGAGCCUUCGCGAGGUGGAAUUGAAACUACUCUGGAGCCGUGUGUUGCCAGAUCCAUACCAAGUGCUCACCGCUGAUUCCGACUUCUUCCUCGAAGGAGGCAAUUCACUGCGCCUAACCAAGUUACAGAACCAUAUUAAAGAGACCUUGGGAGUGUUUGUGUCUACUCGCGAACUCUACUCCGCUCCUAGUCUUCGACAAAUGGCGGCUCGAAUUGGAUCCGACGCCGCCAGUGACGAGGACAUCGAUUGGAACGUAGAAACGGCGAUUCCGGAAAGUCUCAUCGCUGCUUUGAAAGAGGUUUCCAGACGUCCUAGGACUCCAGCAACCAAAGACUUGAAAGUGCUACUGACGGGGGCCGCGAGCGUGUUGGGCAAUUAUGUUCUCCACGCGCUUCUUCAAGAUCCUGCCGUUGACAAGGUUCACUGCAUCGCAAUCUCUGCCGACGAGGAGGAGAGAAUACCAGACUCUGCAAAGAUCAUGAGCUACCCCGGUAGUCUUUCUUCCCAUCAGCUCGGUCUCAGCGCAUCCGAGUGCGCGAUGCUACAAUCGAGUAUCGACGUUGUCAUUCACGCCGGCGCCAACGGGCACUGUCUGAACAGCUACACAUCCAUCCGUCGACCAAAUGUGGAAUCAACACAUUUCCUGGCAUCCCUCUGCAUGCCGCGUUCAAUUCCCAUGCUUUAUGUUUCAUCCCAGCGCGUCCCCGCUCUUGCUGGCCUGACUGUCCUCCCCCCGGUCCCCGUUCUUACAGAGCCCGCCAAAACCGGAGAUACAGGAUACAUGGCGACGAGAUGGGUCAGCGAAAGAUUCCUGCACAAGUUUUCCGAAUUGAACAAGGACUUUACAGUUGAGAUUCACCGGCCCUGCCUAUUCUUCGGGGAUCGCGCACCCCCCACAGACGCCCUGAACGGCGUUCUGCGCUACACGUUCCUAACUCGGUGCGUACCGCGCUUUGCGCGCGUCGAAGGAUACGUCGAUAUCAAAAACGUGGACGAGAUUGCGCGCGACAUUGCCUCGUCAGCUAUUGCGUUGGCAGGCCAGCAGAAGAUGAGCAGCAGCGCUGGAGCGGGCAUCCGUUACCGCCAUCACUCCAGCGGCCGCAAGGUGACCAUAGAGGAAUGGCCCAAGUACAUGGAAGAAUUGCAUGGAGAGCCGUAUGAAGUACUUGCGCUGCCUGAGUGGAUUGCGCGAGCAAGGAGAGAAGGCAUCCACCCGCUGAUAGCGACGUAUUUGGAAGGUGUGAUAGAGAAGGAGGAGCUCGCUCUGUUCCCAUUUUUAGGAGAGGAACUCUAA